AUGCCUGAUGUGAAGGCUGCCUCCGCCCCGUGUGACCUCCCCCCCGCCACCCCCCCGCCGGGCUGCACCAUGGACCUGGAACGGGGCGGCUACCCCGAACAUCUUCCCCCCUCCCUGGCCGUCUCCGUGCUCCAGGGCUUCCCCCACCACCCCCACCCGCACCACGGCCCUUACCCAGGCCUCGAGGCCUCCUCCCUGGGCACGUGCCCCACCGGCGGCAGCCUCCUGGGCAGCCUGGGUCUCCGGUACUGUUCGUCCACGUCGACGUUGGCAUCGUCUGGUGGUAGCAUGAUGGUGGGUGGUGUUGGGGGUCAAUCUCCCAGGCACGGUGCUAGCACCCCACCUAGCCCUAGGGCUAAGCAGCACCCCCAGCACCCCCCUCACCCCCAAUUCCUCAACCACCAGCAACAGAAGGCCUUCCAGGCAGCCUGUGUAAACACAAACAGUAUUGCAAUGAACAGUAGCAGUAGCAGUAGCAGUAGGCUGUAUCGCAGCAUGGAGAACCUCAACUGGGCCGUGUCGGACCACCCCAGCCUGUGCGGCCUGAGUGGAGGCAGCGGGGGUGGGGGUGGUGGGGGUGUUCCAUACAGGAGCGUGGACAGUGAGUUUAUCCUGCAUUGUACAUCCACUACUAGUCACUGGUACGACGGCCCCGCUGCAGAGGAUUGUGGUGGUGGUCUGGGUGGCGUGGCGUUUUACCCGCGUCGGGCGCUGGCUCGUCGCGAUCUUUUCCCGCACUGGAUGUUCCCCUCUGGAAACGGUUCCUCCGCCACGACGACGACGGACGAGUGGGGCGGCGUUAACGGGAACGCGGUGGCGGCGCGCAAAGGCCUGCGGGACAAACUGCGCCUGCAGAGCGCCCGAGUGGCCGAGCCCCUUAAACCGCUACGACCGCAACAGGCUACGACCCCGACAGGCGGCGUAGUGCCCGGGGCCCCGUACGCCCCAGCUUGGGGGUGGGGCUGGAACGGAGGAGGAGGAGGAGGAGGGGAGAAGGAUCGGACGCACCACCACCACCACAACCAAUACCAUCGCUCGCCCUCCGUGUCCCCGCCCCGCUCGCUCAGCGCUCGGCGAAUCACAAGCCCCGAGGAGAUCAAACAGGAAGUGAUGCGGCGCCUGCGUCUGCGCCGGCAGAACAGCAGCCCCAACUUGGCGGUGACGCGCGACGGCUCGCCGGCCUCCACCCCCCCGCCGCAGGAGCCGCAGAACGGCAACAUGAGCCGCUCUUUCACCUCCGAGGCGCUAGGGGGCAGUAGCGGUGGUUAUCACUCGGUAGACCGCAAGAGACCCCCCAUGGGCCGCCUCCACAUCCCCACUUUCGAGGAGUUCAAGCGGAUGAGGCAGAGAGACUCGUCUGCUGCUGCUGGUGGUGGUGGAGGUGGUGGCCAGCUUCUUGCCUCCGCAACACUGCCCUCAAGUGGACAAAAUAAGAACUGCAGCCAGAAUAGUGGGAGGAACAGUGAUGGAGAAAGCAAUGGUGGUGGCCAUAGCAGUAGCAAUAGCAGCAAUGAUGUGCAGGUCAGCGGACAGCACAGUCACAGUCGCAGCAGCAGCGGUAACCAGGAUGUUGACAUGGAUCAGGAGAGUGAAGAGAGCGGCGAUAAAGACAGAGACACUAACUCACAACGGACAAUCACAACAGAGAACAACAAGGAAACACUCUCUGCUGUCUCAGAUCAGUCAGCAUCCAAAACCCAAAACCAACACGGUCAGGCUCUAGGAAAAAACACAAAUGAUAACAUUCAAUCUCAGUGUCUGUCACAGUCAAAGAACCAGAAUCCUCCAGGUCCAUGUCAAUCUACACAGCUCCCCCUACAGGGCGACAAUAAAGCUACGCCUUCCUCCACUUCCACCACCUCCCUCCCGACCGCUACCGCCCCCAUCUGCACCGGCCCUGCCCCGCGCUCCCCUCUCCCGCCCGUCAUCCCCUCCUCCCCCCAGCACCACAACACCAGUAGCACCAACAACACUAGCAAAACCAUCACCACCACCACCAGGGCGGCGUCAGCACCACCCAACCCAGACAAACCCUCCCUCCCUGGGGAAGAGGAGCACCACCAGCAGGGCGCCCUGGUGCCGCUGGUCCCUGGUGGUGGUACUGGUGGUAAGGGGGGUGUCAUUGGUGGAGGUGGAGGUGUGUUCCCCCCGGGGCGUAAGGAGAGUGGGGAGGCCCCCUCCACCUGUUGCCCCGCCCUGCUGCUGGAGGGGGCGGACCUGUCCAGCUACGGCGCCCGCAUAUACAGCAUGAGGGACGGCCUGCUCGGGUCCGCACUCGACCUCAUCAAGAAGAGCUGCAGUGCAGAGACGGUGGUGGAGGCGUCCGUCAGGUUGUCACGUGAGCGGAAUGAUGAGGAGAGCAGCACCAGCAGCAGCCCGAGCAGCAGCCCCGGCAACCAAAACAGCCGCGCUACCCACCACCACCACCACGCUACUGUUGCCCCCGACGACGACAGCCAGAGCCCACACGAGGCCCCGCCCCCUCCGCCGGCCCGGGGCCGUCAAUCAGCCGGCGUUGCCAUGGAGACGCCGGCCUGCAGAGCCGGGGCUGGCUGUGGCGACGGCGAAGGAGAAGGAGAAGAGGACAGAGACGAAGACGAAGAGUCAUCAGAAUGCCUGUCUGGCCCCGGCUGCAGGCGGUCCAGCUCGGACGCGGCCUAUGAGACGUGCGCGGAGGCGGUGAGGGCGCAGCGCGAGUGUCGUCUGCGUCCGCACUACAGCGACCCCAUGCCGGCCGACGCCGCCAAGCGCAAACAGCUGGAGAUGAAGAUCGCCGCCGCUGCACGCCUGCACAGCCACCGCCGCGACCGCGACCACGCGAUCAUCAGAGGCCGGUCGGAGCCGCGCGGCGAGGAGCCGAUCAUCAGAGGCCGGUCGGAGCCGCGCGGCGAGGAGCGUUCGGGGCUGUGCGGAGGCCGGCGUGCAGGAAGUGGUCAGCACCGCUGGAGCACCGUGAGCAGCCUGAGCGCCGACAGCGGAGUGGUGGGACUCAGCGACGAGCGCGAGGACGAGGACGAGCCGCUACGACACCAGCGGCACAGCGCCGGAGCGGAUGUGGAGCGGACGGAUAGCGGCAUCGGGCCGUGUCUGGCCCGCGGCUGGAAGAGGCCCUCGGCUGCACUGCGGGCCUGGGAGGCCAGGCGACCGUGCCCAGACUGCGGGAAGAGGGAGCUGGGGAACACCGACACCGGCGGAGGUAGAGAGCCAAUGUGCGAGCGCUGCUCCAAGCAGCGCACGGAGCGCAAGGAGGCCAUCUUGGAGUUCCUGAACACGGAGGGCAGCUACGGCGAGGACCUGCGCAUCAUCCGCGAGGAGUUCUACUGCCCCAUGCUGAGCGCCGGGCUGCUCACCGCCGAGCAGCUGGCCACCGUCUUCUCCAACGUCCAGGAGCUUAUCGACGUCAACGAGCGCUUCACCGAACACCUGCAGGAGAGCAUCGACCAGGCCUUCGACCAGGGCGAUGAGGACCUGCUGUCGGUGUGUAUCGGUGAGAUCUUCCUGGAGUUCGUCAACAUGCUGCCGGCCUUCCAGACCUACUGUCUUCAGCAGUCGGCCUCCGUAACCACGCUCAACACCCUGGAGAAGGAGAAGGAACUGCUCAGGAUCUUCCUGGACGUGUCCCAGAACGACAACACGGCUCUGCGCCGCAUGAACCUGCGCUCCUUCCUGAUGGCGCCGCUGCAGCGCGUCACCAAGUACCCGCUGCUCCUGAGCCGCAUCAGCAAGGCCACGGCCGACUGCCACCCGGACCACGCCCGCCUGCGCGAGGCCAAGAGCCGCGUGGAGUCGCACCUGGAGCACAUCAACAUGAAGACGCGGCAGGAAGGCCUGAGCGGCACCGCCACCUGGUCGCUGCGCUCGUUCCGCCGAGACAGCCGCAAGAACCGCGAGGUCAUCAACAUCGAGAUGCGCGAGGUGUCCCUGAAGACGGUGGGCUGGACUCGAGAGAGCACGCGCUUCGUGAUGGAGGGCCCUCUGCAGCUGUCGCAGCCCACGGACGGCCAGUGGUCCAAGAAAGGCAGCAAGGCGCUCAAGUUCCAGAACGUGCAGAGCUUGCUCAUGGUGCACACCCUGAAGAGCCCGGAGCCCCUGGGGGAGAUCGGGGGAGGAGGGGUGCAGAAGCUGGUGGGAGUCGGGAGUGACCAAGAGCAAGGUGGUGGUGAGGCGGUACGAGACGGCGUGCUCGUGCUCAUCAAGGACAAGAGCAGCGGGAAGUUCACCGUACUGCGAGAGCCCAUCCGGCUGGCGAACUGUGUCGUGUCGGCCGACCCCGACUGUGAAGACACCUUUGAGGUGCUGGACAUCAGGCGCGAGGCGUUCGUGUUCCGAGCCUCGGACAAGGCGCGCACGCAGCAGUGGUACCGCAUGAUCAAGAGGUACACCUGCGAUUUGGGGCCGUGGAGGAAACGACGCAACGCGCUGCCCAACAUCAUGAUCAACACCAUCCAGAGCAGGUCCUGAGACUCAGCCCUGUGGGACGCCUGCGCCCCCUAAAACAGAAGAGGCGGACAUCAUGGUGUCAGAAAGUCAAAAGUCCUGCCCCAUUUUUUUUCUACAGCCAAUUCGCUGAGCCCGUUGAUCCUUAGGUAUUUAGCUAGGUGAAAUCAUUAGUGGGAUCACCUGUGUUUAGAGUACAGGCAGAAGAAAUAUUUGGCAGGACUUCUAACUUUUUCAGUCCAGUUUGUCCGACCCUUCCCCUCAGCAUCAGCCAGCUGGAUUCUGGGUGUAAAUAAUAGUCAAUUGUUACUUUUGCCGCUAGCUGACUACCAGUGUUACAUGGGUGUGGUAAAUGCAAAAAAGAGGGGUUUUCUUCUGCAUUCCAUUCUUAAUUAGAAAACAGUGUAACAAAAGCUGACAUUUUCAUUUUGGAGAUUGUGAAAGAAUUUGAUGGUUGAAGAAUGCACUUUUUUCUAAUGACCCGACAUGGGAUUAAAAGGACAAGUAAGACAGUAAACAGAUACAGAAUGCAGAGGCGGUUGGCACACCAAAUGAAGGACUAUGGGAACAUGCCCAGACAGUGAUUGUAAAGUGUUUUUUUUUUGCUACUGAAAGACAAAGAGGAAAAUGACUGCUGACAUGCACAUUUACAGUGACGAGCGGAGCAUGACUGAAAAAGAACAUGUCAGCUACAAAUUAAACGGAACAGACAAACGAUA